UGUUUUGAGUUUAAGACAGUAAAUCGAACUUGUUAUAGUAAAAUGUAUCUUCGUACAAUUCUUUGGGUUUUAAUAUUCUGUCUCAUAGGAGUGGGCGCAGUGCAUUUUCGUGAAAAGAAAAUUCAAGAACACUACAAACUAACCGCUAUCACAAAUGAAACUAAACCAGAAAUCAAGUGGUUUACGCAAAUCCUUGACCACAAUGAUCGUAAUAAUAAGCAAACGUGGCAACAGAGAUACUACGCUUAUGACAAAUUUUACGAUCCUGCAGAUCCAGGACUCGUGUUUUUGCUUUUAGAAGGAGAGGGAACUCUUAGCGAUAACUUUGUGGCCAAAUCCUAUUGGAUAGAAUUAUCCAAGAAAUUUAAAGCAUUAGCUUUUUAUUUAGAACAUCGCUUCUAUGGAGAGAGUCACCCAACAAGUGAUUUUAGUAUGAACAAUCUAAAAUACUUGACGUCACAACAAGUGCUUGCAGAUACUGCAAACUUUGUUAAAGGAAUAAAUAAACAGUACAAACUUAGUGCUCAUACAAAGUGGGUAGUGUUUGGCGGAUCUUAUUCAGGAAACCUAGCAGCUUGGUUCAGACUCAAAUUUCCUAAAGUUGUCUAUGCAGCGGUUUCAUCAAGCGCUCCUCUUAAGGCUAAAUACAACUUUGAUGAAUAUCUUACAGUGGUUGUGAAAUCAUUGAGGGCGAAAGCUCCUGGUGUUCAAUGUGACCAGAAAGUCCAAGCUGCACAUGAAGAACUUGUAAAACGAAUGCAGGAGAGCCCAGAAGUUGUUGUAAAAGAUUUUAAGGUCUGCAAGCCAUACUCAGAGUGGAGUAAGGAUGAUUUAAAGUAUUUUUACGCUUCAGUGACUGACGAUUUUGCCGGACUUGUACAAUAUGAUGAUGUCAGCUCUGUAAGCAGAAAAUCUUAUAACUACUCUAUUAAUAAAGUAUGUAAUAAUAUCUUUAAAGAUAACAGCCCAUACACUGCGCUCGUCAAAUUUCGUGAACUUUCCCGGAAUCUGUACAAACAAUCGUGUUUCAAUAUUGAUUAUAACUACUGGAUAGGGAGCUUAAAGAACGAGUCUUUGAGUAUUUCUCCAGAUCGGCUUUGGUGGUACCAAACGUGCUUAGAGUUUGGUUACUUCCAAACAUCGGACAAAGUUGUAUCAUUUUUCGGCAAUUACUUUCCAAUUGAUUACUUCGAGAAAAUUUGCAAAUCAGUCUAUGGAGAAAGAUUUACCAAAAAGUUUUCCGAAUCAGGAAUCGCCAAAACUAAUCAUUAUUACGGUGGUGCUGAUAUAAAUGGUAGUCGCAUCCUCUUUGUACAUGGUUCGAUCGACCCAUGGCAUGUUCUAGGAGUUACUGAGUCUCGACCCAAUAUGCCCCGCAUAUACAUAAAAGGAAGUGCCCAUUGCGCUGAUAUGUACCAACAAGAGGACGGUGAUUCCAAGGAGAUAAAUAACGCUCGAAAAAAAAUUAAAUGCUACUUGGAAAAAUGGUUACAUAGGAAAACGGUACAGUAACCCAUAGUUAUAAACGAAGUCUAUCAGAAAGUCAAUAUUGUUUUGCACCAAUAAAAUUUCAUAACUGCA